CAUGCCCGUCUAGCUUCCCGGUUCUUCUUCGACUUCUCCCAUUCUUGAGCUACUGCGAAUUCAAGGAAGACAUGGACGAGCAGUGGAUGAUCGGGCAGACUUCCCUCAGCCUCGGCCUCAACGUCGGCGGGCCACGACGGGCUCCUCCGGUGACCAGGGACCACGUGGAGGAGGACUUCAUGUCUUCCAAGAAGAAUCACGUGGUUGAGGCGCUGGAGGCCGAGCUCCAGCGAGUGGGCAAGGAGAAUAGGAAGCUCAGCGACAUGCUCCGCGCGCUGGUGGCCAAGUACUCUGACUUGCAGGGCAAGGUCAGCGGCAUGAUGGCGGCGGCGGCCGCGGCUAACAGCCACCGCCAGUCGUCGACGACAUCGGAGGGCGGCUCCGCGGCGUCGGCGACCAGAAAGCGCCCCCGCAGCGACAGCCUCGAUACGGCCAGCCGCAACCCUUCGCCGCCGCUCGCCGUGGCCGGCAGCAGCGGCCGCUUCGCCGUCAGCGUCCCCGUCGGCCCCGACCAGGCGGAGUGCACGUCCGUCCACGAGCCGUGCAACAGCAAGCGCGGCCGCGCCGACGAGUGCAAGGCCAGCAGGGUCUCCAAGCUCUACGUCCACGCCGACCCCGCCGACCUCAGCCUCGUCGUGAAGGAUGGGUACCAAUGGCGGAAGUACGGGCAGAAGGUGACCAAGGACAACCCGUGCCCGAGGGCCUACUUCCGGUGCUCGUUCGCGCCGUCGUGCCAGGUGAAGAAGAAGGUGCAGCGCAGCGCCGAGGACAAGACCGUGCUUGUCGCCACGUACGACGGCGAUCACAACCACGCGCAGCCGCCCAAGCAACAAGGCUCUGGUGGCAGGAAGAGCGGCGACGCAGCCGCCGUCCGCGUAUCAGCUGCGCCGGUGCUUGCCCAGCAGCAGCGGAAGCAGGAAGCUUCGACGGCGGAGCAGGUCGCCGAUAGGAAGAACCUGGCGGAGCAGAUGGCGGCGACGCUGACGAGGGACCCCGGGUUCAAGGCGGCACUCGUCUCCGCGCUCUCUGGUCGGAUCCCUGCUGCCUGACCGAAAACCUGCCAGCACAAGAGAAUAUACUCAGGAAAACAUUUUUCAAGAGAGAGGGCCGGCGCAUGACUUGCACCUACGGCGACAGACCUGGCACCUCGACGGCCACGGCUACCACCGAUGCAACCCUGACGUGAGUGAUGCCCACGCGGGCGUCACGGUGGCUCCGUCCGCGGCUGCCCUGGGGAAUGCCGCCGCGGUGAAGGCAACUACGCUGACCGCGGCAGACCUAGCGAGAGGCCCCGCGGUCGCUCCGGCCGAGGCAGUACCGGCGGUCGCCGCAGCGAAACCAGUGGAGAUCAUCGACCUGACGAGCUCCUCUGGAAACUUCUUCUGAGCCGAGGAAUAUCACGACGACGAUGGUGGCGCGACGUUUCUAUGCAUCCAUGACGUAUUGAAUAUUUUGCGCAGUUCAUCUACAUGUAAACUGGUGAACUGUUUCCAAAUUAGUGAGCGUGCGAACUGAUGUUGACUUUUCUGCUGCAAAAUU